AUGGCAACCGUGUUUCACCGAAAUCCAGUUGGAGAUAGGGUAGAUGCGCUCCACAAAUGGUCUGAAGAGAAGCGUGCAUUGGUACUUGAAAGGAUGGCACGCAUUCUUGAAGUUCAAAAUCCCGCUGAACAAAAUGAAGUCCUUUCCAUUGAGACGAUCAAGCAGAUGCAGCCGCGAAAGCAGAUUCAUGAGAUAAAGGAUUUCCUUCUGACUGCCAGAAGGAAAGAUGCGCGUUCCGUGAAGAUCAAGAGAAGCAAGGAUGUUGUGAAGUUCAAGGUUCGCUGCUCCAAGUAUCUCUACACCCUUUGUGUCUUCGAUUCCGAGAAGGCUGACAAGUUGAAGCAGUCUCUUCCACCAGGUUUGAGCGUGCAAGAUCUUUGAGCUAGUGGAGUUGCUGUUUCAUUUAGUAGCUGUUAGGCAAUUGGAAUCCGCUGUUUUUGGUUUAUCAAGUUUGCAACUAGUGGAAUGCUUUGUACUCUGUUUGAACGUCAUGCUUGAAAGAUACGAUUUUGCCCCUAAACUCUUAUUGUAUUUGAUCGUUUAAUAUUAUGACACAUUUAUCAUGUUUAUUGAUGA